UAAUAAGUAAAGCAUGAUCGCUAGGCUUGGCAUUGAAUCACCAUGGUCAUGCUCCUAGAGCGCUGCUGUUUACCACCACUCCUCUUGUUGUCCUUUCAUUUCUGCAAAUCUGAAUCAGAGUUUUUCCUUGUGGUCAUGGGAUUCCUCCUUUAUCAACUUGUUUGCCUUUGCUCCAGGCUGUAAACUGUGAAGAUGCCCUGGAGGGAAUUGUUGUGGACUUUAUUAUAACUUUGAAAUGGCUAUUUGAGGAUGAUUUCUAGAGGAACAGUUCCACUGCUGUGCUGGCAGAGACAAGUAAACAUGUAGGCUACGGAGCAGUAAAUGUGGCCUGAGCUUUUUUAGUAGGUUUUUCCAAAAGAAGUUCCGGCAUGGUUUGGUGUUAAAGGGGAUUACCAAAGUUGGCAAUGGGAGACUUUGACAAGAUCUGGCGUGAGCACUGUGAAGAUGAGCAGACGCUGAGUGAGUACGCCCUCGCCAUGAAAAAUCUUGCCGACAACCACUGGACCAAAAACUGCGAAGGAGAGGGACGCAUUGAAUGGUGUCGCAGUGUUUGUCAAGAAUAUUUUUUGGAUGGCGGGAUAAAAAGAAUGUUAGAAAAGGAUGAGAAAAGUGCGAUGCUUGCCAUGGGUCUGGCUGCAGCGUCUGGAAGUGCCCAACCAUACAGCACCAUCCCCAGUUCUAUCUCUCAGCUGGGGAAAAUGCGCCUUCUUGACGUGGGAAGCUGCUUCAACCCUUUCUUGAAGUUUGAUGAAUUCCUGACAGUUGGUAUUGACAUAGUGCCUGCAGUUGAGAGCGUCUACAAGUGUGACUUCCUCAACCUUCAGCUCCAGCAGCCUCUUCAGCUGGCCAGUGACGCUGUAGAGGCCUUUCUCCGCCAGCUCCACAACCCCAUCGACACACUGCCUGCCCAGCUUUUCCACGUGGUGGUCUUCUCACUGCUCUUGUCCUACUUCCCCUCACCUUACCAGCGCUGGAUCUGCUGUAAGAAGGCCCAUGAGCUGCUGGAGCUGCACGGCUUGCUGCUCAUCAUCACGCCCGACUCCUCCCACCAAAACCGCCAUGCCCUGAUGAUGCGCAGCUGGCGCGUCGCGGUGGAGUCCCUGGGUUUCAAGCGCUACAAAUACAUCAAGUAUUCCCACAUGCAUCUCAUCGCCUUCCGCAAGGUGUGUCUGGCCACCACCAGCGACCUGGUGUCACGCAACUACCCAGAGAUGCUCUACAUCCCUCAGGACUUUCACUCCAACGAGGAGGAGGAGUGUGCCGACGUGCCCGUGCAGGUGCGCUCCGACUUUGAGGAUGACCAGAUGGCUUGGGGCUUCACCGAGCUACCUGACACGCCAUAUGAUUCAGAUUCUGAGGAGAGCCAGAGCAGCUCGGUCCCUGGCUUCCAGGAGCUAGAAGACCCCAUCCUUCUUCAGAGCUAGGCUAAACUAGCUAAGCUACCCCCCCCCCCCCACCCACCCUUUUUCAAUACUGUCACCACCCCUUCAACUGCUGCGCUGACUAAUUUAACCUGAUGCAUUCUUCUCCCACAUCUCUUCCCUCUCCUCAAAACAAUGCAGUUUGCACAGUGUGAAAGAGAGAAGUUUACAGAUUAUAUUCUUGUAGCCAAACUCCUCUGAGAGUACACACACACACACACACACACACACACACACAC